AUGUUCCUGUCAUCCAUAACUGUUGCCCUGGCGGCCAUAUCUUCCCUGACCGUGGCCCAUCCGACCCGACAGCAGGCCCGUCACCACCCAUGUACACCAGACAAGAUCAAGGUUCGCAAGGAUUUCGACUCGAUGGCUCCGGACGACCGUAAGGCCUACACCGAUGCCAUCAAGUGCCUGGCAACCAAGCCGUCGCAGCUUGACCAGACCCUCUACCCUGCUGCGACCAAUCGCUACAUGGACUAUGCAGUCAUUCACGUCAACCGCACGAGAGAGGUCCAUCUCUCUGGCUUCUUCCUGACCUGGCAUCGCUACUUCAUCCACCUGUUUGAGGAAGAUCUCAAGCACACCUGCGGCUACAAGGGUGCAUUCCCCUACUGGAACUGGCCUGCCACUGCGGAUGACCUCCACGGCAGCGCCGUCUUUGACGGAUCCGAGUAUUCCAUGUCUGGUGACGGCGAAUACGUGGACAGUGGCCCCGUGGUGCUCUCUCCAAGUCUUUCGCUUCCUCACGGGUCAGGAGGAGGCUGUAUCAUGUCCGGCCCCUUUGUCGAUUGGCAGACGACUAUGCAGCCUAUUCCCGUCAGCUAUAUCAUCCAGGGUCUCCCACUCCCCGACACAGCUUUCCAGCUCAACCAAAGCUGUCUUACUAGGGACCUGAACACUUAUGUGGCUCAGACUUAUACCAACACAACUGCGCUCACCCAAUGCUUGGAGGCCGAGGACAUUGAAUCGUUCGACACCCAGAUCAACGGCGUGAUCGGCGGUGGUCAGCUGGGACUGCACUCCGGGGCUCACUUCGUGGUUGGGUCUCCGGGGUCGUCCAUCUACGUCUCGGUGAUGGAUCCCAUCUGGUGGUCGCUCCACGCAUUCUUGGACAAUCUGUACACUUCGUGGCAGAUCCGCCAUCCCGACAUCGCAGAUACCAUCUGGGGUACUGAGACGGCUGUCAACGUGCCACCUAGUGCUAAUGUCACGCUCGACACCAUCUUGCCGGAUUGGGGAUACUUUCAAGAGGACCCAAUUUCCGUGGGAGAACUCAUCAACACCACAUCUGGGCCCUUCUGCUACAAAUACGAUGUUGCACUGUGA